CUCGAUCUGAUUGUUGACUUCUGACUUCUGAUUUUGGGAACUAAUUAAGUACAUUAUGUAAUCGUUAAUUAUUAUUAUCGUUUGGCUAAUGACUGUAGAAUUGAAUUAUUUAUAUUUGAAAAUUUGUCGGCAGACUCUUACACACGUUAAAGAAGACUAUUUGUUCACUAUCACAUGGCCCAAAUGGUUUUGCUAAUCACAUGCUCCUAUAAUAUAUAGCUAUACUCUAACAACUAAAUUUUAGGUUGGGGGAAUUUGCUAUUCCAUAACAACUUACUAAUAAUCAUUUUAUCAUUGUUAUCAAGAGCUGCCGAUCAUUUGUUUUAUUCCAAAUUAAAUCAGACGAAUAUUUUGAUAAGAUCAUCAUUUAUCGGUUGGAUACCAUUUUGAUUAGAAACAAUGUGUCAUUCAUUGCUCUUAUUCUGUAGUGUAAAGUGAUCUCAUCUUAACAUAUCAAAUGUCGAUUUGGAUGUCAGAUUCGAUUUCGUAUUUGAAGUUUAGCAAAUUUUUUCCUACUCAUAUUAAUAAUAUUCCAGACCCGAUAGAGCUAAUGACCAUUUACAUUUUUGGAGUCAAAAUUUUUUUUUGGUACGCAUUUUGGAGUCAAUUUUGAUAAUAAUGCCAUAUCAAUUCGAUAAAAUUCUAUUACUACUAUUUUUCUUUUUAUAGAAAAGGAAAAGAAAUGCGUUAUUUUAAUCAUAGCCAAUGAAUUCUACCUUUGGCAUAUUGUUUAUGUUUGACAGGUGGAAUAAUAAGAGGGGACCGAAUCAUCAACUUGCUUGCGCGCGCCUUUUUUCCCUCAACUACUCCCGGCCUUUUCGCGUAAUCCCCAAAUUGUUUUUCUUCUCCUUGGCGAGUUUAUCGGAUCUGGAAAAAAAUUCCGUUAAUCGAAUUAUUCUUUUUCCCCUCUUUUUCCUUCCAAUUUCCAUCUCUUUUCUCCGCCAUUUCCCCCAAAAGAGAAAGCCUCGCCAUUGUUGCGGUGUCGAGAGCUCCCCACUUUUCCCCGGUCGGCUCUCGAUCCGCCUGAGCACAUAUCCCCGGCGGCCGGAGUAGGGUCAGAUUUAAAGGGGAGGGGAAGGAGGAGAAGAGGAAAGUGGAGGUGGAAGGGUUGGAGGAGGAAGGGGAGGAGAGGAGUCGUCGCCGUUGACCACCAUGGAAAACAUAGCGUCGCAGCUGAAGCGGGGGAUAUCGCGGCAGUUCUCCACCGGCUCGCUGCGGAGGACGUUCAGCCGGCAGCUGUCGCGGCAGUCGUCGUUCGAGCCGCGGCGGAACAACAUGCGGUUCAGCUUCGGGCGGCAGUCGUCGCUGGAUCCCAUACGGCGGAGCCCGAUCAAGGAGGAGCUGCUGGCGGUCCCGGAGAACUUGGACUGCACGAUGCAGCUGCUGUUCAUGGCGUCCCGCGGCGACGCGCGAGGGGUCGAGGAUUUGCUGAACGAAGGGAUUGAUGUCAACAGCAUCGACCUCGACGGGAGGACCGCGCUCCACAUUGCCGCCUGCGAGGGACACGCCGAGGUCGUAAAGAUUUUGCUCAGUCGGAGGGCCAAUAUCGACGCUCGCGAUCGCUGGGGGAGCACUGCUUGUGCUGAUGCUAAGUUCUACGGGAAUGUAGAGAUUUACAACAUUCUGAAAGCUCGAGGGGCCAAAGUUCCGAAAACCAGGAAGACGCCAAUGGCUGUAGCAAAUCCUCGAGAAGUACCCGAGUACGAACUUAAUCCACUAGAACUUCAAGUUCGGAGGUCUGAUGGCAUCACAAAGGGUACAUAUCAAGUGGCUAAGUGGAAUGGUACAAAGGUUGCAGUAAAGAUACUUGACAAGGAUUGCUACACGGAUCCUGAAAGCAUAUGCGCAUUCAAAAAUGAAUUGACCUUAUUAGAGAAGGUUCGACAUCCAAAUGUGGUUCAGUUUGUUGGAGCAGUUACCCAAAAUAUACCAAUGAUGAUAGUUAUAGAGUAUCAACCAAGAGGAGACUUGGGAAGUUAUCUUCAAAAGAAAGGUCGUUUGUCACCAUCCAAAACUCUAAGAUUUGCUCUUGACAUUGCCAGGGGUAUGAAUUACCUUCAUGAAUGUAAACCAGACCCAAUAAUCCACUGCGAUCUAAAGCCAAAAAACAUUAUGCUGGAUAGUGGGGGUCAUUUGAAGGUUGCUGGGUUUGGUUUGAUAAAGCUGUCCCUAAUUUCACUUGACAAAGCUAAAGUUGCGUCAGGAUCUUUAUUGGACCCCUCAAAUGUAUAUAUGGCACCUGAAGUUUACAGAGAUGAAAUUUUCGACAGAACUGUGGAUGCUUACUCUUUUGGUGUUAUGUUAUAUGAGAUGAUCGAGGGAGCGUACCCAUUCUAUCCCAAGCCUCUUGAAGAGGCUGUUAAAUUGAUGGGUAUCGAGAAGAACAGACCUGCGUUUAAGCUCAAGUCCAGACAUUAUCCUCCUGAUAUGAAAGAAUUGAUUGAUGAAUGCUGGCAUCCAGAACCAGUUGCCAGGCCAACGUUUUCUGAGAUAAUUGUGCGGCUGGACAGAAUAGUUGCACACUGUUCGAAGAAUGGCCGGUGGAAAGACACUUUCAAGCUACCCUGGAAAUAAGAGGAAAGAGGAUGGGUUAGUAGGGGGGAAACGGUGUAAGAAAGCAAUGGUGAAUGAGCUGACAUUGAGGGAAAGAAAGUGGGGAAGAAAGCUUCAUGUACUAUACAAGGCCAUGGGUAUAUAUAUAAAAGUUCUAGUGAGACGGUGGAUGUUCGACCCGAGCGAGGAAAAGAGACUGCAGCAAAGCUGCAUUUCAAGUUCAAACUGCAUUCCGUUUGUAAUCAGAAGAUUUGCUUGCAUAAAGAAUUCACAUCGUUAUGUAAAAAAGAAGGAAAAACAUGGCCAUUGUUGUAAAAUGUGUUCUUGUGAUAAUAGGGAAAAAGGGGAGUUCUGAUGGUUGCAGUGAUAUGUUUGGUGCUGAUUUAACUUCAUUUUACUAUAGUUUGUGAUGGUUGCAGUGAUAUGUUUGGUGCUGAUUUAACUUCAUUUUACUAUAGUUUGAGAAAUAUCACGAACGAAAAACCUACAAGGUGUUCUGGGUACGGGAAGACUAUGACGGUCAAUUAGAUGUAGGAGUUUUCGUUUAGAAUGCUACAUAAUAGUUAAAAUUAUCGAUUCUUGAUACACUUAAGUGGACUUUGUUAAGGCCAACGAAUUUGUUACAUGUGAAUGGAUCUCAAGUCCUCCUUUGGAACUAGGAUCCAUACAAGCGUUGUACAUCAAUUGAACAUAGAUAGAUGACGCCCUUGUCUCAUUCAAACAGAUUAAGUGGUCAGUUCGUAAUGUAAAAUUGCAUUGUGUGUCUAGUAACUGCAAUGCCGGCAUCCAAACGAUUCUUCAAUGUCUCUUUGCUCAUUGUUGCUUUCACAAUAUGACUUCUCAAUAAGCUGAACUUGCUUUGUAUAAUUCGAACUUCUUAUUUUUUUAACGUACAAUUCGCUGUAUUGCGUCCUUUUCAUGACUAGUAUUAUUUAUUGCCAAUAACUAUCUAGCUACUUCUUGGCUAACUGCUUCUCGUCGCCUACUUGCUCCAACUCAUAAAUUACUUGGUACAAAUUUGGAUUUUUCCAUCAAGUUGAGAAGUCAACUGCAUGGGCUUUCAUCAACAAAGUAAAACACAUUGGGGCUCUUUUGAGAAGCUUUACAAAUUUUAUGGGCUCAAUUCUUAAAAGCAUGUAAAGUUUCAGGUAAAUUUCGUAAUAAAUUUGAUAAUCAAGAGUAGUUUACAAGAAUACUAUAGUCCUCUAUCCCCAAUUAUUACUGUUAAAAAAAAAAAUUAAUGCAAAAUUUAACCUCUGUCUCAUUCAGAUUUAUAGAUCAGCCACUCUGACGUGUUGAAUAAGAGCAAGGUGGAUAACUGAUGAGGAUGAUGCCAUGUGACUUUGACUUGGCAUAUAUGGUACAAGUGUUAGGGCAUCAGCAUAAUUAGAUUACAUUAUCCCAAAGUUGAUGCAUGCUUGUUGCUUCCAGCAUCCCACAACUAAUUAUAAUUCCCAAGUGAUAUUGGAUUGACUUGGCAUGGUACACGUGUGAUGAUUGUAUAUCUACUUAGUAUGUUUGAUUAAUGGUGAAACAUCCUCAAAUGGGUUACCUUUUGAUAAACAUCACUGAGUAUUAAAUGAAAUACUUGGUUGAUGGUGAUCUAAUCAAACUUUUAAUUAAGAACCCAAGAAGUCUUGAGCAGAAAUAUGUAAGUCUAUUGAUCCUAUUCUCCACGGAUGAUAAGGCCAUUAAGCACCGAUUUGGGCCAAUUUAUUGUCGGAUGGGGUUUUCGUAAUUUUGUUGGCUUCGAAAGGCCAUUUUCUUUAGAUUUUGAAGGCUACAGAUCACGGAUUCGGCCUAAGGCUAUUCUUCAAGGAUGAUUAAGUCCAUUAAGCGCCGAUCAGGGCGGAUUUAUCCUGGGUCAAUAUUGGGCAGAUUGCAAAGGGGUACCAUCACUAAUUUUGGGCGAUUUUUCCGAAAUGCCAUUUUCUUUCGAUUCUGGAGGCUACAGAUCACGAAAUCAGGCUGAGGCUAUUCUCCACCGAUUAUAAAGUCUACUGAUCCUAUUCUCCACGGAUGAUAAGUCCAUUAAGCACCGAUUUGGGCCAAUUUAUUUUCGGAUGGCAUUUUUGUAAUUUUGUGGGCGUCGAAAGGCCAUUUUCUUUGGAUUUUUAAGGCUACAGAUCAUGGAUUCGGCCUGAGGCUAUUAUUCAAGGAUGAUUUAAGCACCGAUCUGGGCGGAUUUAUUUUGGGUCAAUUUUUGGCAGAUUGCAAAGGGGCACCAUCACAGAUUUUGAGCGAUUUUUCCCAAAUGCAAUUUUCUUUCGAUUCUGGAGGCUACGAUCACGGAAUCAUGCCGAGGCAAUUCUCCACCGAUAAUGAAAUCUAUUGAUCCUAUUCUCCACGGAUGAUAAGUCUAUUAAGCAUCAAUUAGGACCAAUUUAUUUUCGGAUGACAUUUUCGUAAAUUUGUGGGCGUCGAAAGGCCAUUUUCUUUGGAUUUUGAAGGCUAAAGAUCACGGAUUCGGCCUGAGGCUAUUCGUCAAGGAUGAAUAAGUCCAUUACGCACCGAUCUGGGCGGAUUUAUUCUUGGUCAAUUUUUGGCAGACUGCAAAAGGGUACCCAUCACAGAUUUUGGGCGAUUUUUCCGAAAUGCCAUUUUCUUUCGAUUCUGGAGGCUACAGAUCACAGAUUCAGGCCUAGGCUAUUCUCCACCAAUAAUGAAUUCUAUUGAUCUUAUUCUCCACGGAUAAUAAGUCAAUAAUGCACCGAUUUGGGCCAAAUUAAUUUCAGAUGGCAUUUACGUAAUUUUGUGGGCGUUAAAGGCCAUUUUCUUUUGAUUUUGAAGGCUACAGAUCACGGAUUCGGCCUGAGGCUAUUCGUCAAGGAUGAUUAAGUCCAUUAAACACCGAUUUCAGGGGAUUUAUUCCGGGUCAAUUUUUGGCAGAUUGCAAAGGGGUACCAUCAUAGAUUUUGGGCGAUUUUUCCGAAAUGCAAUUUUCUUUCGAUUCUGGAGGCUACAGAUCACGGAUUCAGGCCUAGGCUAAUCUCCAUCGAUAAUGAAGUCUAUUGAUCUUAUUCUCCACGGAUAAAAAGUUCAUAAAGCACCAAUUUGGACAAAUUUAAUUUCAGAUGGCAUUUUAGUAAUUUUGUGGGCGUCGAAAGGCCAUUUUCUUUGGAUUUUGAAGGCUACAGAUCACGGAUUCGCCCCGAGGCUAUUCUUCAAGGAUGAUUAAGUACAUUUAGCACCGAUCUAGGUGGAUUUAUUCCGGGUCAAAUUUUGGCAGAUUGGAAAGGGUACCAUCACAGAUUUUGGGCGUUUUUUUGAAAUGCCAUUUUCUUUUGAUUCUGGAGGCUACAGAUCACGGAAUCAGGCCGAGGCUAUUGUCCACCGAUAAUGAAGUCUAUUGAUCCUAUUCUACACGGAUGAUAAGUCCAUUAAGCACCGCUUUGGGCCAAUUUAUUUUCGGAUAGCAUUUUCAUAAUUUUGUGGGCUUCGAAAGACCUUUUUCUUUGGAUUUUGAAGGCUACAGAUCACAGAUUCGGCUUGAGGCUAUUCGUCAAGGUUGAUUAUCUUCAUUAAGCACCGAUUUGGGCGGAUUUAUUCCAGGUCAAUUUUUGGCAUAUUGCAAAGGGGUAUCAUCACAGAUUUUGGGCGAGUUUUCCGAAAUGCCAUUUUCUUUAUAUUCUGGAGGCUACAGAUCACGGAAUCAGGCCGAGGCUAUUCUUCAUCGAUAAUGAAGUCUAUUGAUCAAAUUCUCCACGUAUAAUAAGUCCAAAAACCACCGAUUUGGGCCAAUUUCUUUUCAGAUGACAUUUUCGUAAUUUUUUGGGCGUUGAAAGGACAUUUUCUUUGGAUUUUGAAGGCUGCUGGUUACGGAUUCGGCCUUAGUCUAUUCUUCAUGGAUGAUUAAGUCCAUUAAGCACCGAUCUGGUGGAAUUUAUUCCGGGUCAAUUUUUGGCAGAUUGCAAAGUAGGUACCAUCACUGAUUUUGGGUGAUUUUUCCGAAAUGCCAUUUUCUUUCGAUUCUGGAGGCUACAGAUCACAGAAUCAGGCCGAGGCUAUUCUCCACUGAUAAUGAAGUCUAUUGAUCCUAUUCUCCACGGAUAAUAAGUCUAUUAAGCACUGAUUAGGGGCAAUUUAUUUUUAGAUGGCAUUUUCGUAAUUUUGUGGGCAUCGAAAGGCCAUUUUCUUUGGAUUUUGAAGGCUACAGAUCACGGAUUCGGUCUGAGGCUAUUUUUCAUGGAUGAUUAAGUCAUUUAAGCACCGAUCCGAGCGGAUUUAUUCCGGUUCAAUUUUUGGCAGAUUGCAAAGGGGUACCAUCACAGAUUUUGGGAGAUUAUCCGAAAUACAAUUUUCUUUCGAUUCUGGAGGCUACAGAUCACGGAAUCAGGCCGAGGCUAUUCUCCACCGAUAAUGAAGUCUAUUGAUCCUAUUCUCCACGGAUGAUAAGUCAAGUAAGCACCGAUUUGGGCCAAUUUAUUUUCGAAAGCCAUUUUCGUAAUUUUGUUGGCUUCGAUAGGCCAUUUUCUUUGGAUUUUGAAGGCUACAGAUCACGGAUUCGGCCUGAGGCUAUUCAUCAAGGAUGAUUAAGUCCAUUAAGCACCGAUCUAGGCGGAUUUAUUCCAUGUCAAUUUUUGGUAGAUUCCAAAGGGGUACCAUUAUAGAUUUUGGGCGAUUUUUCCGAAAUGUCAUUUUCAAUCGAUUCUAGAGGCUACAAAUCGGGGAAUUAGGCCGAGGCUAUUCUCCACCGAUAAUGAAGUCUAUUGAUCCUAUUCUCCCCGGAUGAUAAGUCCAUUAAGCACCGAUUUGGGCCAAUUUAUUUUUGGAUGGUGUUUUCGUAAUUUUGUGGGCUUCGAAAAUAUAUUAUCUUUAGAUUUUGAAGGCUACACAUAACGGAUCGGCCUGAGGCUAUUCUUCAAGGAUGAUUAAGUCCAUUAAGCACCGAUCUGGGCUGUUUAUUCCUUGUCAAUCCCUUUGCAGAUUUUGGGCGAUUUUUCCGAAAUGCCAAUUUUUUUUCGAUUUGGAGGCUACUGAUCACGGUAUCCGGCCGAGGCUAUUCUCCCCCGAUAAUGAAGUCUAUUGAUCCUAUUCUCCACGGUUGAUAAGUCCAUUCAGCACCGAUUUGGGGCAAUUUAUUUUCGGAUGGCAUUUACGUAAUUUUGUGGGGGCCGAAAGGCCAUUUGCUUUUGAUUUUGAAGGCUACAGAUAACGGAUUCGGCUUCAUGCUAUUCGUCAAGGAUGAUUAAGUCCAUUAAACACCGAUUUGGGCGGAUUUAUUCCGGUCAAUUUUUGGCAGAUUGCAAAGGGGUACCAUCAUAGAUUUUGGGCGAUUUUUCCGAAAUGCCAUUUUCUUUCGUUUUCGGAGGCUACAGAUCACGGAUUCAGGCCUAGGCUAUUCUCCACCGAUAAUGAAGUCUAUUGAUCCUAUCCUCCACGGAUAAAAAGUCCAUAAAUCACCAAUUUGGGCAAAUUUAAUUUCAGUUGGCAUUUUCGUAAUUUUGUGAGCUUCGAAAGGCCAUUUUCUUUGGAUUUUGUAGGCUACAGAUAACGGAUUCGGCCUGAGGCUAUUCUUCAAGGAUGAUUAAGUCCAUUAAGCACCGAUCCGGGCUGAUUUAUUCCAGGUCAAAUUUUGGAAUAUUGCAAAGGGGUACCAUCACAGAUUUUGGGCGAUUUUUCCGAAAUGCCAUUUUCGAUCGAUUCGAGAGGCUCCUAAUCGCGGAAUCAGGCCGAGGCUAUUCUCCACUGAUAAUGAAGUCUAUUGAUCCUAUUCUCCCAGGAUGAUAAGUCCAUUAAGCACCGAUUUGAGCAAUUUAUUUUCAGAUGGGGUUUUCAUAAUUUUGUGGGAUUCGAAAGGCCAUUUUCUUUGGAUUUUGAAAGCUACAGAUCAUGGAUUCAGCCAGAGGCUAUUCUACAAAGAAGAUUAAGUCCAUUAAGCACCAAUCUAGCAAGAUUUAUUCCGGGUCAAUUUUUGGCAGAUUGCAAAGGGGUACCAUCACAUAUUUUGGGCGAUUUUUCUGAAACGCAAUUUUCUUUCGAUUCUGGAGGCUACUGAUCACUGUAUCAAGCCGAGGCUAUUCUCCACCGAUAAUGAAGUCUAUUGAUCCUAUUCUCUACGGAUGAUAAGUCCAUUAAGCACCGAUUUGGGCCAAUUUAUUUUCGGAUGGCAUUUUCGUAAUUUUUUGGGCAUCGAAAAGCCAUUUCCUUUGGAUUUUGAAGGUUACAGAUCACGGAUUCGGCCUGAGGCUAUUCUUCAAGGAUGAUUAAGUCCAUUAAGCACCGAUCUGGGCGGAUUUAUUUCGUGUCAAUUUUUGGCAGAUCGCAAAGGGGUACCAUCACAGAUUUUGGACGAUUUUUCCGAAAUGCCAUUUUCUUUCGAUUCUGGUGGCUACAGAUCACGGAAUCAUGCCGAGGCUGUUCUCCACCGAUAAUGAAGUCUAUUGAUCCUAUUCUCCACGGAUGAUAAGUCCAUUAAACACCAAUUUGGGCCAAUUUAUGUUCGGAUGACAUUUUCGUAAUUUUGUGGGCGUCGAAAGACCAUUUUCUUUGGAUUUUGAAGGCAACAGAUAACGGAUUUGGCCUUAGGCUAUUCUUCAAGGAUGAUUAAGUCCAUUAAGCACUGAUCUGGGCGGAUUUAUUCCGGGUCAAUUUUUGGCAGAUUAUAAAGGGGUACCAUCACAGAUUUUGGGUGAUUUUUCCGAAAUGCCAUUUUCUUUCGAUUCUAGAGGCUACUUAUCACGGUAUCAGGCCGAGGCUAUUAUCCACCGAUAAUGAAGUCUAUUGAUCCUAUUCUCCACGGAUGAUAAGACCAUUAAGCAUCGAUUUGGGCCAAUUUAUUUGAGGAUGACAUUUUCGUAAUUUUCUAAGCGUCGAAAGGCUAUUUUCUUUCGAUUUUGAAAGAUACAGAUCACAGAUUCGGCUUGAGGCUAUUCUACAAGGAUCAUUAAGUCCAUUAAGCACAGAUCUGGGCGGAUUUAUUUCGUGUCAAUUUUUGGCAGAUUGCAAAGGGGUACCAUCAUAGAUUUUGGACGAUUUUUCCGAAAUGCCAUUUUCUUUCGAUUCCGGAGGCUACAAAUCACGGAAUCUGGUCGAGGCUAUUCUCCACCGAUAAUGAAAUCUAUUGAUCCUA